AUGACUUCCCUCGUCCUCCGCGUCCACCACUCGCCACUCGCCUUUCUCGACGCAACGCGCGGUCAUGUCGAACAUCAACAGCGUAAACUCAACGUGAUCCUUCCUCUCGCCCUCAAACUCGCCAAGCUGCCCGCUUCCCACAUCAAGCCGGGUCAAUUCUGGCUCACAGCCUGGUCCACGUCCUCUUCGUCCAGGCCGGCGCUAGAAUUUAUCUUAUCCUGUACAGAGCAUCACAUGGGCACAUACCCGCUCUUCCUUGUCUAUCUCCGUCCUUACGCCGCCUCCAAGCUCCCUACCGCCACCCUCUCCGCGCACAUGCACCUCCUCGCGCAACAUCUGACAAACCUGCUCCCUCCUACCCGCGUCUUCUCCAUCUUUGGUCAGAAAAGGCCGACAGAGCUCCUUUGUGCCCACUGGGAACGUCUUGUUGGGAUGAAGCGCGUCCAGGAACCUUAUUAUUCCGCCAGUUCGAGCUACUGCACACGCCAAACAUUGUCAAAUAGGGGCCGGAGUCCACUACCUGCCGGCCACCAGAUGCGAUUGGCAACAAUGCACGACGCUCAGGCUGUCGCGAGACUUUGUGCCGAGUUUGCAGAGGAUUCGCCCCCGUUCACUCUCACUCCCGCACGCGCGCUCCAAGAGGCGACGUACAUGAUCACCCACCAGCUCGUGUCAGUAUACACCAUCAACGGUAUUAUCACCACCCUCGUCGCCGUCACCCGUCUCUCGUCUUCUGUCGCCGGUAUGACCAAAGUCUAUACCACCCCCGCCUUUCGCGGCCGCGGCUGCGCAGAGGCGCUCGUGCAUCACGUCACCACACAGAUGCUCCACGAGCGCAACAUGGACUCGGUCGUCCUCUUCGUCGGCCACACUCUUGCUGCCAAACGCGUCUACGACCGCGUCGGCUUUGCUGGUCUCGGAAGUGAAGAGAGCAUGCGCAAGCGAGAAGAAGGUGAACCCGUCAUUGAUGACGUCGAGGAUUGGAUAGAAAUUGGCUUUGAAGGCGCCGAGGUUGGUCACUGGUGA